AUGUCUGAUGGAACUGGCGCUAAUGCACUAGAUUCUCUGAUUUAUUUAUCGAAAUCAGUAGAAAACCAUAAGUUUUAUUAUUCUACUGCCACAAAGUCUCAAACUAUAGAUUCUUUGGAAAAUGAAAACGCAAUCCAUUUAAUCAAUAACAAUGAUCCAUUAUCGUCUAUCAUAAACAAUGGUUUAGAUGAAAACACUUUGACUACUAUCUUCAUCGAUGAAUGGACUUUAUUAAGGGCUUUACCACAAUUUUACACUUUGACAAAUUUACCUAUUAUUUUCAAUGUUGAUUUAAAUUUUCAAGACUAUUCUAUCGCGGCUGCUUUGAAAGAUUUGGCAUUCCCAAUUUUAAUCUCUAGUGAUUUAGAUGCUUUUGUAAGAAAUGCACAAAAAUCAAUUGAAAUUGCUACCCAAACAUCGACUCCGUUACUACAUUUCAUUAAUUACAAAAAUAUGGAGAAUAAGAAGAUAAAUUUAAAAGAAUUAAAUUUGGAUAUUAAAAAAAUUGAAGUUGAAGAGAAGAAGACAAUUCAUGAACUUCAUUUAGACUAUUUCAAACUUUAUAGUAAAAAUGUCGGUUCUGCCGAAAAUAUAAUUAUUAAUUUAUCAGCUUACGCAAAUGAAUUUAUUAAUUAUUUACCAACUGACACAGCAUUAAUUGAUAUUUAUAUUUAUAGACCAUGGAAUCUCGAUUUAUUAUUUGAAUUAAUUCCAAAAACUGUUAAAAAAAUUGUUGUUGUCCAAAAUUCCAAUUCCGAAUCAACUUUUGGUAUCGAGCCUGCUUUAUUGGAUUUUUUUGCUGAUUUUAAUAAAUUAGUGGAAAGGAACAUCGAUCAAUUAAUCAUUAGUAACGUUUCGCAAUUAAUUAAUGUCAAUGAAAGUUUACAGAGUAUUAUUAAUAAUUUGAAAUCUGAUAAACCUAAUGAAAGAUUAUUUUCAGGAACCCCCUAUGCUACUGACUCUGAGAAUGUUAAAUUAUAUAUUUCCGCUAUUGAAAAUGCAAUCAAUUUAGAAGAUGCUUAUUUGAAAGUUUUGAAACAGUUGUUUGGUUCGAACUUGAAUAUUUUUAAUGAAUUUAAUAGUGCAAAUGUACAAGAAAACAAUCCAGAAUACGGGUUCGGUCGUUUUUUGAACAGUCAACAUAUUCGUGAAACAUUAGUAACAUUGGCUAAACAAUCUUUGGAUAUUAAUUCAUAUGAUUUUGAUGCAGCAACCGACUUAGUCAAGUUACUAUCUAAGUGGAUUCAAUUCAAUUCGGUUGAACUGAGCGAAGAAACAUUAUCAACCGCUAAUGAGGUUGGUAAGAAUAUUUAUGAGAUACUUCUCCAAAAUAAGAAUUCCGAGGGUGCUAAAAAGUUUUUAUCAAUAUCUAAUGAAAUUCAAGACUAUACAUUUAAAUUGAACUGGUUAAUUGGUUCAGAUGCUUGGUCAUAUGAUUUAGGCAAUUCCGGCAUUCAUCAAGUUAUUGCUUCCAAGAAAAACAUUAACGUAUUGUUAAUCGACUCCGAACCUUAUGAUAAGAUUAAGAAUAGCACUGCCAAAGACAGAAAAAAGGAUGUUGGUCUAUAUGCAAUGAACUACGCAAAUGUUUAUGUUGCCUCCGUUGCCGUAUAUGCUUCAUAUACACAAUUAUUAAGUGCUCUGAUCGAAGCUUCUAAAUUUAAUGGUCCGUCCAUCGUUCUAGCAUAUUUGCCUUAUCAUUCAGAGAAUGAAACACCUUUGGAAAUUUUAAAGGAAACAAAAAUAGCUGUUGAAUCUGGCUAUUGGCCACUUUACAGAUAUGACCCAUCAAAAGAAAAGGAAACUGAAAUUUUUAGUUUAGAUUCUUCAGUUAUAAGAAAUGAAUUACAAAAGUUUUUAGAUCGUGAAAAUAAAUUGUCAUUAUUAGCACAAAAAUCACCUGAUUUUGCAAGAAACUUAAAAGAUUCAGCUAGUGAUUUGCUAACUAAAAAACAAAAUGCUAGAGCAAAACGUGCUUUUGAUCAAUUACUAGAAGGUUUAUCUGGCCCCCCAUUACAUAUUUAUUAUGCAUCAGAUGGUGGUAAUGCCACCGCAUUAGCUAAAAAAUUAGGUAAUAGAGCUGCAGCAAGAGGUUUAAAAUCUUCCGUCUCAUCAAUGGACGAUAUUAUUAUCGAAGAAUUGCCAAAUGAAGAAAAUGUAAUUUUUGUCACUUCAACAGCUGGUCAAGGUGAGUUGCCUCAAGAUGGUAAAGCAUUUUGGGACCAAAUUAAAUCUACUUUAGAUUUAGACUUAGCAUCUGUAAACUUUUCUGUUUUCGGUUUAGGUGAUUCUCAAUAUUGGCCGCGUAAAGAGGAUGCUCACUACUACAAUAAACCGGCUAAAGAUAUAUUUAAGCGUUUAGAAUUAUUAUCUGCAAAACCUAUUAUUCCAUUAGGUCUUGGUGAUGAUCAGGAUGCUGAUGGGUUCCAAACUGGUUACAAAGAGUGGGAAGCUAGCCUAUGGGAAGCAUUAGGCGUCUCUGGUGCUGCAGUUGCAGAUGAACCAAAAGAAUUAACUAAUGAGGAUAUGAAACUAGGGUCAAACUACCUAAGAGGUACUAUAAAAGAAGGAUUAGCAGACCAAUCAACAGGUGCUCUUUGUGCUGUCGAUCAACAAUUAACAAAAUUUCAUGGCUUUUACAUGCAAGAUGAUCGUGAUAUCAGAGAAACUCGUAAAUCUCAAGGUUUGGAACCAUAUUAUUCAUUCAUGGUAAGAUGUAGAUUGCCAGGUGGCAAAGUAACGCCAGAACAAUGGUUAGUGCUAGAUAGUUUAGCGGAUAAUAACGGUGUGGGUACGCUGAAAAUUACAACUAGAGCUACAAUUCAACUUCAUGGUGUUAUUAAAAAAGAUAUUAAGCAUACUUUAAGAGCUAUUAAUUCUACUUUAUUAGAUACCGUGGCAGCUUGUGGUGAUGUUAAUAGAAACGUAACAGUGGCUUCAUUACCAGGAAACGCUAAGGUUCAUAAGCAAGUUUCACAGGUAGCCCAUGAUAUAUCUGAAUUCUUCUUACCAAGAACAACUGCUUACCAUGAAAUUUGGUUACAAGGGAAUGAUGACAGGGAUUUGGAUCCUUCCUGGCCAUCUAAAUGGGAAAAUAGAAAGGAGGGACCGAAUAAAAAGAAAACACUAAUCGCUGGUAAUGCUUUAGUAGAUGUUGAACCAUUAUUAGGUCAAACUUAUUUGCCAAGGAAAUUUAAAAUUAAUAUUGCAAUUCCUCCAUACAAUGAUGUCGAUGUGUGGUCCAGUGAUGUUGGAUUAAUUGCAAUUAUUGAUAAGGAUCAAAAUCUAAAAGGUUUCAAUAUGUAUGUUGGUGGUGGUAUGGGUACAACUCACAAUAACAAAAAGACUUAUCCAAGAACAGGUUCAUCGUUUGGUUUUGUAAAGACAGAAGAUAUCUUUAAGGCUAUUGAAGCAGUUAUUAUUUUACAAAGGGAUCAUGGUGAUCGUCAAAACCGUAAGCAUGCUCGUUUAAAGUAUACAAUAGAUGAUAUGACAGUACCAGUAUUCAAGAAGAAAACUGAGGAACUUUUCGGCAAAGUUUUUGAACCUGAACAACCAUUUGAGAUUACUUCAAACAUUGAUUAUUUUGGUUGGGUUAAGGAUGAAACUGGUUUAAAUCAUUGUACUAUGUAUAUUGAGAACGGCAGAGUCGUUGAUACAGCUGAUUUACCACAAAAAACUGGUCUAAGAAAGCUAGCUAGAUUAUUAAAAGAAUGGGGAAGUGGUCAUUUCAGAUUAACAGCUAAUCAACAUUUACUAGUCGACAAUAUCGACGAUACACAUCUUGAUGAAGUCAAAGAAUUAAUGAAAAAAUACAAAUUAGAUAAUACAAACUUUAGUGGUCUAAGAUUGUCAUCUUCAGCCUGUGUAGCCUUUCCAAGUUGUGGUUUGGCUAUGGCAGAAUCAGAACGUUAUCUACCUGUUCUAAUUACUAAGAUAGAAGAUAUUUUAGAAGAAUAUGGUUUACGUCAUGAUUCUAUCAUAAUGAGAAUGACAGGUUGUGGUAAUGGUUGUUCCCGUCCAUGGUUAGCUGAACUUGCACUAGUCGGUAAAGCACCUGGUACUUAUAAUUUAUUAUUAGGUGGUAGUUACAAUGGUGAAAGGCUAAACAAAUUAUACAGAGCAUCCAUUAAAGAAGACGAAAUAUUAUCAAUUAUUAAACCUUUAUUCAAGAAAUGGUCUUUGGAAAGGUAUGAUGGCGAGCACUUCGGUGAUUUCUUAAUUAGAGAUGGUGUCAUUAAACCAACAACAGAAGGUAAAUAUUUCCAUGAUGAUUUACCAGAAGGUGCCUUGUAA